AUGAAGAAGCUGUUCAUUGACCUCGACGAAGACGCCAUCAAGGCAACACCCUUUCGUCCGGGAGACACUUUCACCGGCAAAGUCAACUUCAACACAAGCGCUAGUCUAAGAUACACCUGUAUCAAGGUCAGGUUCGUCGGACUGGUGUCGACCAAGGUCGCCAAGUCUAUCGAGGAGGUCUAUGUCCUCAACCUGCAGACCGUCCUCCUCGGCAACCCCAACAACGCCACCACCUCUGUCCUCGACGAGGGCAAGCACAGCUGGCCUUUCCAUUUCACUGUUCCCCUGCAGCAUCUCCCUUCCUCCGGCAAGUAUCGCCAUGGAACGGUAAAGUACACGUUGACCGCAGUCGUGACCUCAACAAAGUUCCUCGGUGGAGUACAGGAUAUCAAAUUCAACAAAAACAUCGAUCUCGUUGACCACGUCCACGACUCCAACUACUCCAACGCCGUCUCCAUCGUCGGCUCAAGUAGCACAAAAAUGUACACCAACAACGACCGACACCUGGCCACCGCUGCAGUCUCCAUCGCCAGAUCUGCCUACCGACCAGGUCAGGUCCUUACACUGUCUGUCGAUCUCGCUCACCCUCAAAAGAUCCGUCGGGACCCAGGAUGCUGGAUUCAACUGAUCCGCAAGGAAUCAUACUCCGCCAAAGAGCAAAUGAGAGAGUACAGUCAUGUUAUCGCGGCUUCAGCACACGCUAUCAAGCUCGAGUCGGGAUCCCACACAGGAAAGAUUCUCGCCGAGAUCACCCUCCCUAUCGACGCAACUCCAACCAUGGACACCACCAAGAUCAUCUCGAUCCAAUAUCACAUCCUAUUCCUCUUCGACAUGAGAUCUCAGACUGGAUUCUUUGAGCGCAAGUCCAAAAAGACGGUCAACCAGAAACUGCGGAAAAAGAUCCUUGACUCUCCUGGAGGGUUUGAGGUAUACCUCCCCAUCAUCAUGGACAUUGUUGCAGAGGCUCGCCCCCCGCUGGAGAUGUCAAUGGAAUACCAAGCACUGGUCGCGGAGGAGGCAAGGGAACGCGACUCGUUCUACGGAAACCCCUACGACUCUAUCGUUGUCUCCACCAAUCAACUCUCCAUUUCUCCAGCCCCAGCUCCAUUCGGCCAGGAUUACUUCUCUUCACCUGUCCUUUCUGCAUCAAAAUCGCCAUCCUUAUUCUCAGCUUCUUCACCCUCGCCAACAUUAUACCCGAUCUCUUCGCCCUCGCAAGCAUCCUUUUCUGUCUCGUCACCUUCGACACCGCCCCCAGCAGUUUCAAGGAUACAGGACCCAUUCAGUGCUUCGUCAAAGGCAGCCUAUAUCCCUCAGACGAAAUAUGAACGCGUGGUGCCUCCGCGCUACAGCACACUGUUACCGUCUUUUAAACCCAGAGGGGGCGAGUCGUCUCAAGGACCAAGUUCAAUGGCAGGUGAACCAUCGUCAUCAAGGAGCCACACACUUCCUAUUCACCUCCCCUACUCUUCUUCGUCCUCUUCCUCUUCGCCAUUCAGGACGAGCACAAACCCGAUUACGGACAAUGAUUUAUUCUUCAAGCCACUGCCGACAAUCCCACCACCUGAAGUCAACACCCUUUCACCAUCCUCGUCAACAGAGCAACAUAAGCAGCUGGCAUUAUCGUCAUCGGUUGCCCCAUGUGGCUCUACUGCGGGGUAUACAGCUACAACUAACGACUCGAGAGUCCCAGGAUCAUUCAGUACCUUGAGCGGCAAUCCACGGUCAGCAUUACCAACACAUUAUAGUCAUAAUGGAGGCAGCAAUGUCAGUUCUUAUGGAUACUACCCAGAAAAGUCAGCACCACUACCGGAUGAGUCUCUCUAUUUUUCUCGACCCGCAGCAGCUCCUGUGCAACAGAAUGCAACUGCCCCGAACGCAGUUGAUCUAGGAGUCGGCCCCAUGUCGCCGUCGACGUCAUAUUCAUACGUCGCACCGCCUUCAGCAGCAUCACCGGCACUUUCGUUCUCCAACGUUAGUUCUUCGAACUCGGCUACAAUUAUGAACCACGACUACAGAACAUACAUUUCCCCACCACUGCAGCAAGGAACGUCAGGAUACCAGUCAAUACCGCCCCAGCCAACAUCAUUCCAAUACAACCCUAUGGCUUCUGCCUCUGCACCACGUCUCUAUUCACCGGACUAUAGCCAAACGACUGAGCCGGUACCUGCGGUUCCGUUGAGUGCAUCUUCUAUCCCUUCGAUACCCUCCAUGCCCCCUCGUCCACCGGCGGACGCGGGUCAGUCUGACCAGUUCCGCCGCUACAAGCUGACAGACCACCCAAGCCCUCAGCCUGUCUCUCCUUACAUGCAUUGA